UUAUUUUUUUACAAAUAAAGUCUCGGCUCGGAUUCAUAAAAUAUAUCGACAUUAAAUAGGAAGUAUUGUGUAUAUAUUGCCACAUUCCUCUACUCUGACCUGAUCCCGUAGUACACUCUGUUACCGACCUUCCGUGACCACCCUCUCUCGUCCAGCCCAGCGACCGACCCCCCCAUUGGCCGUCCUAUCCACCAAGCCCUGCCGUGCCCAUUCCAGUAUCUCUCUCAAACGUAAGUGUGGCUAAUUUUAAAUUUUACAUACAUACAAUUUUAUUAUUAUUAUUUUUUUUUUUUUUGUAUUACCGGUGACUUUGUUUGAUUUCAGGAAUUUUUGCUACAAGGUUACUCUUUUUAGAAUCCUGACAAGUUCUACUGUACUGACCAUCAACACCGCAGCAACAGAGCUCCGAUACAACAUCAUCUUUCCUACCAUGAACUACUCGCUCUUCACGGAAGAUUACGGGUCCGGGUCCGGGUCCGGGUCCGGCUAUCCUCCAACACUUGACGGUGGCACAACCACCACAGUUGAAGAGGUGAAUGCACUCAAUUUGAACGACGAGAUCUUUUUCUCCACCAACCAGCCGGACACCAGGGAGGGAUUCGACGAUCCUCAGAACAACAAUAAUAGCAACACUGCCAACACCACACCUGAGUUCCAGACCCCACCACAGCUGACAAAUUAUGACUACAUGAACAAGAGAACACAUUCAAAUUCGUUUAGUCUCCCCAUUGAUCAACUCAACUUGCUCACGAUACGGCCACUCACAUCACAAUCGUCCAAUACAUCCAAAUCACCCUCCCCAACCUUAUCGGGCGAGUUCCCUCAUUUUUACAAUCCGGACGCCGUGAUGGAGGAACCAACGAUUAACCCUAGACAGUUGUUUAAUGAUCAUAAGCCAAUCGCAGCGUCCUAUAGCUCUCCUUCACUCACCACUUUAUUCAAACAACAAGAAUUGCCCCUGCAACAAGCAAGAAACAUCAAUACUAAUAAUAAUAAUUCUACUACUACUACGACUAGUACUUCUGUUCACCGGUACCCUCAUAACCGUCACAGCAUUAGUAUAGGCCCAUCUACUACCACUGCCAUUGGUUCUGGCAACUCUUCUUAUAAGAACUCAUCCAUGGAAUCCCCAGUUGAUGGAUCCAGCGCAGGCGCCGGGAUCCAAAAUAACACCAAUACCAACAAUUCAAUCACUCCAAGGUUUGAUUUCAUUAUGAAUGAUGAAUGUCUUAAUGCCAUUCAUUAUUGGCUCAAUAGUAGUCUGCAGAAGAUUUCUACUGACGUUGACAAUGACAGCUGUGCUGAGAUCAUUGGGAAUCCUACCGGAAUUUUGAAAUAUCAAAGACGUCGUAAUUCUAUCCAAGUACCAAAUGGGAACAAUGGGAAUAAUGCAGUGGAGAGUAGAAGUAGUAGUAAUUCUACAUCACAAAAGAAGAAACGGAGAAAGUCAUGUAAUUAUGAACAAGCUACUUCGGGACAAUUUGCCAAUACUUUGAAAGAAGAGGAAUUUAAUGAAGAUUUGCUGUUUAUCAAGCCAAAUACAGCUCAAUUACCAUCUCAAAGAACCCCACCAAACGUUCAUCAAUCAUUUUUCGCCCCCACAGGCCCAAUGUUUGAUAAAUUGAAGAGUAAUCAAGCAUUCCAUAAAUCACCUCCACAACUCAAAACACAAAUGAGACCAUUCCAAUCCCCCAAGGCUACACUCCCACUGCAAUCUGUUCCACAAUUACGAGCACAACAUGACGAAUUUACCUCAAAUACUCCAUAUCAUGGUGGAUCACCAAGAAAGUCUAAUAAUGGGUCUGGGCCAGCUUUCAAUAAUGUGGAUACUUCAAUUAAUGGGAAAUUACCAGGUAAUAACUCUGGAAUUACUUCUUCUACCACCCUCACCACUUCUAAAAAUGAAGCACCAACUCCAGCACCACCAACUCCAGCUCUCACCACAACCUCGUCAUCAACGGGCUCUUCUUCUUCCACCACCAAGCUGAACAACCAAUCGGACGAGGAUGAUGAUUCUGAUGAAGAAAAACCAUUCCCAUGUCCAGAAUGCACCAAACAAUUCAAACGAUCUGAACAUUUGAAGAGACAUAUCCGAUCUGUUCAUUCGAAUAUUCGGCCUUUCCACUGUAAAUAUUGUGAAAAGAAGUUUUCCAGAUCGGAUAAUUUGGCACAGCAUUUGAAGACCCAUUAUAAAACCUUACCCGAUGGAACCACCACCAUAAUUCUUGGGAAUCCCAAUCUAUAUAACAGAGGAGGACGUAGAGGCAAGGGGAGCACCAGUAGUGUGUAAUGAUUUAUGUAUUGAUUUAUUGGAUGAAUAA